AUGAGCAGGGAAUAUAAGAGGACGAUUCUUAUCACCGGCGCUACCGAUGGAAUCGGACGACAAACCGCUUUGGAUCUUGCCGCACAUCCAGAUAACUUUGUGAUAAUUCAUGGAAGAACUGAGCAAAAAUGCAUUUUGACAAAAGAGACGAUUCAUAAAGAGAACGGCGAUUCGAGCAAUGUCGAUUAUGUUUCUGCCAAUUUUUGUUCCCUCAAAGAGGUUUCUGCAAUGGCGGAUGAAGUUAAACGACGAUUUCCACGACUUAAUGUUCUUUUGUGCAAUACAGGAGUGCUAAAUUCGAGAAGAUUAGAAACCAAAGAUGGAUUUGAAGCUACCUUUCAGAUUAAUUAUCUGAGCCACUUUCUAUUGUGCAGUUUGCUCAUUCCACUACUGUCUCGGAGUCAGUCAAACGUGAUCAUCGUGGGCAGUGUUCUUCAUACAUGGCCUUCGCUCGACUGGUCUGAUAUUAUGGCUGAAAAAGACUAUGAGAAAUAUUUGCAAUAUUCGAGAUCGAAACUCAUGUGUCAUUUGAUGGCAUUUGCACUGCACAGGAGAAUGAAUAUUGCACACAAAACAAUCAAUGUAAACGUAAUUGAACUGGGAAAAGAGAAGGAGCCGAAUAAUAAUGGAAAAUUGAGAACCACCUCUGCCCUCUCAUCAUCCAUGUCAACCCUUUCGAUAUGUCGUCAAGCUGGAAACUUAGCGCAACUAAUAGAAGGUCCGAUUCUUGAAAAAGUGUCAGGAAAAUACUUAGAUCCUAGUGGAAAACAGCUCAGAAGCGGUUCCGAUGCUACCGAUGAACGUCUUCAAGAGCGACUUUGGGCUUAUUCGCAAGACCUCUGCUCUUCAUUCCUUUCUUAA